CCCGGUUGGCGGCAGCGGGGCCAUGGCGCAGCGGAGGGCGGCCGAGCGAGGAGGGCCCUGCCGAGCGGCGGCGGAGAGCGCCAGGCACCAGCGGCAGCUUCUAGAAGGGAAAGCUCAGGCAGAAGGUGGAUCAGCUCGAACGUCUCUUCUUAUUUUGGUGUCCAUCUUCACAUCGGCUGCUUUUCUUAUGUUUCUGGUAUAUAAAAACUUCCCACAACUUAGUGAAGAAGAAGGAAAAUGUAUAAAGGUUCCUAGAGACAUGGAUGAUGCAAAAGCCUUAGGAAAAGUCCUGUCUAAAUAUAAGGACACGUUUUAUGUUCAAGUAUUAGUAGCUUACUUUGCCACAUACGUUUUCCUGCAAACAUUUGCUAUCCCUGGGUCUAUAUUUCUCAGUAUCCUGUCAGGGUUUCUUUAUCCCUUUCCACUGGCGUUAUUUCUUGUUUGUCUGUGCUCAGGACUUGGAGCUUCGUUCUGCUAUAUGCUUUCAUACUUAGUGGGACGGCCUGUUGUAUACAAAUACUUAACAGAAAAAGCAGUUAAAUGGUCAGAACAGGUUGAACGACACAGAGAACACCUUAUUAACUACAUAAUAUUUUUGAGAAUAACACCGUUUCUUCCAAAUUGGUUCAUCAAUAUAACAUCUCCUGUAAUAAAUGUGCCAUUAAAAGUAUUUUUCAUUGGCACCUUUCUAGGUGUGGCACCACCAUCUUUUGUAGCCAUUAAGGCAGGAACAACACUAUACCAACUUACAACAGCAGGGGAAGCUGUUUCCUGGAACUCUGUUUUUGUUCUCAUGAUUCUAGCCAUCCUCUCCAUCCUACCAGCUCUCUUCCAGAAGAAACUGAAACAGAAGUUUGAAUAAGGAUCAAACUGGACCAGGACUUCCCAUGUUUCAUCUCAGGAUUGGCACUUCUGAUAUUUGUAUAUUUGCUUUUCUAUUGGAUCUUAAGCAAUUAAAGGGGAGGCUUGUAAUGGGUAAGAAUGUCUUUAAACGAACACGUGACCUGCAACUGAAGGAACUGUGUUCAGAAAUGUACUACGUAGUUUUAUAACCAAAUCAUCAGUGUUUUGCUUUGGGGUGUAUGUGCAGCCCUCGGGAUGAGGGAAGUGAAAACACAGGUGUCAUGUUUUGCUUUGAUUAUAUGCAGAGCAAAAAAUGUAACAAACUACAGAUAAUGCUUUCUAAUACUUGCAGAAAAAAAAACAAACCCAGCCCUUAUUUUUUCAAUCUGAUUUCUGUAACAUACUGUACAUCUCUGUAGACAUGCAUGGGAUCUGGUCUGAGCACAAUUCUCAUCAACAGUCUUUCUUACCUUUUGGGGUUCCAAAAUUAUAGCAUAAUAUCAUAACGGUGCUCAUUCAGAAACAAUUUUUUUUCUGAGUACUACUUUAACUACAAAGAUACACUCAUCUUGAUUGUUUACUUCUAUUACUGUUGUGUGGACUUCAAUACUUGAACCUACAUCUGCUUUACUAACUGGAUUAACAAAGGCAAAGUUUCAGAUCGUUCUAAGUUAUUCUGUAAAAGUUUGCUCUGGGAGAGCAGACUAGACUUCUUCAUUGUGGCUAGCUGAUUUUGAAAUUCUAUUAUUUUUUUCAUGUUGAUUAUUUUGCCAAUAUUUUACUUGCAUACAUUUAUCCUGUGAAUUCAAGAAAAUGAUCAUAUAUAAAACUUUAAUUUCCUGAGUGAUUUAAAAAUGUAUAACUUCAGUGUACUAUAAACAUUUCUAAAGCAAUAGACAAAGAGUAUACAACUUUUCAUUGCAGCUCGAUUGGCUAGAAGUGUCAGGUACCUUAAUUGGUGCACUUCUUGCAAAAGAACUGAAUCCAAAUACUGUUCAAAGCAUCAUGCAACAGAAGUUUAUGUGAAUGUAUCUAAAAUUAAAGGGAUGAUUCAAUUUUCUGCUAAGUCCGUAACCGGUAAUGCGCAACCAGCUCUGAUUCACCUUCAAGUAAACGUCUGCUUAUAUAUAGCCAACAUAGGAGGUAUGUGAUACCUGCCCUUGUACAGUUAUAACUGUUGUAGUCUGUAUUAUUAUCAGUGGAGUCCCAUAAAAUGAGGUCCUGAUCAGCAAGGAAUUGGGGUGCAUGUUUAAGUUGAUCCUACUGAAAUUAGUGCUGCUUGUAGGCUUUAAUUUUAUGCUCCUGAAGCACCUUGCUGAAAUGGGAACUGACAUGUUAGCAUAUGCUCCGGUUCAAGGGUUUACGUGUCUGUAUCCCCAUGUUAACUCAUCAUGGUAGAUCAUUUGAGAUGUAAGAGAACAGUUCCAUGAAUGUGAUAAUGUGAAAGGUACUGGUACCUUCUAAAAAGUUUUGUUCUUUUUUGUAACAUAAUGUUAAUUGACUCCAGUUUAUUGCAGUAUUACAUGUAAAUAUACAGUAAAUAUUAUUGAUGAACUAUUUUGGUCUUUUAUUUAAAUCUGGGUUGCACAGUAAAUGGUAUUUUUAUGUAGGUAAAGGAACUCAUUUCACUUCUGUUUACAAAUUUAUUGUAAGCAUUUAGCUUUAGGGAAUGCUUUCUAUUUAGAAUUGAGUCUAAAAGGGUACUUGAUUGGCAUUUAAACCUGAAUAGUGACUUUUAAUUGCUGCAACUCUAAUCUCAGUGCUCAUCUACCUGGAGGAUUUGCUCCAUAGUAAGUGGUAGCUAUUGUGAGCUCAGUGUCCACUGGAAUAUUGAGCGUGAAAUAGCUGUAGAUUUACAGCCUACUCUUCUGCAUAGUUAACUUUCCAUGCAGAAUAACUCAGAACAAAUUUCAUACUUACUAUUACCCAGUGGCUUGUCUCAAAAGUGGUCUCAAUUUUUGGUCAGUAAUAUGCUGUUGUAAAAUUCUUUCUACAUUGUACAAAACCCAUGUUUUGGUGUGGAACCUUGACACUAAAGAAGGAAUGAACUCCAUUUCAGUUUCAUAUGAAUCAUGCUGUCACUUGGCACUUUCAUCAAAUUAUAUUUCACUGUGUGGAUGGGAUCAGGCUAUGAUACUGAAAAACUCCUUUCAGCUGUAGACUAAUUUCCCAUCACAGUGGCUAAAAGCCUUAAAAACCUUAAAAAGGUUGAAAAUAAGGUUAUUUCCUUUUGCAACAAGUUAGCAUUUUUUUUUAACUUAUCCCUUCUAUGUUUAUAUUCAGCUGCCAAUGGCUUCAGGCAAUUCCCUGUCCCAUGAGGACUACUGAGGGUUAUAAAGUAUAAAGGAGGUCUUGGGGAAAAGCAAAGAAGUGCUGUGCUGUGGAAUAAGGCGGUUGCUGGCUUUUUAUGGGAAUCCAGCCAGUGCUCCAAGAGAUAGCCAUGCAUUUCUGCCAGAAAAGCAGUGUCUACCAUGAAGCAAACUUGGAAAUCAGGAAGGUAUGGUUUAACUACAAAAAAA